AAGUAAUUUGUAAGUAACUGAUAAGUGAUAAGUGAUAAGGCGAAAGAUAGAGAGGAAGGAUAGCUUUGUGCUUUGUCAAACAUGGGUUGGAGCAUAGCUCCUGCUCUAUCUACUACACUUGCAUUACAUAAUUCCUCACUUUUCAAUACCACAUCUAGUCUUUCAAAUUCACCCUUUUCUUCUUCUUCUUCUUCUCAAUCCCCUGUUCUUAGUCUUAAAACUUCAACCUCAAACUCAUGGAUUUUUCCCUUACCCAAAUACAUUCACUCCACAAAAAAACUCAUUUGCAGUGCAGCUGAGUAUAAAUUUCCAGACCCUAUUCCUGAAUUUGCUGAAUCUGAGACAGAGAAGUUUAAUACCCAUCUUCUCAACAAAUUGUCAAAGAAAGAUUAUUUUGGAGAUCAUUUGGAAGAAAUUGUGGGUAUCUGCACUGAGAUCUUCGAUAACUUCUUGCACACCGAAUAUGGGGGACCUGGUACGUUGCUAGUACUUCCAUUCGUUGAUAUGGCUGAUACUCUCAAUGAACGCGGAUUGCCUGGAGGACCUCAGGCUGCACGGGCAGCUGUCAAGUGGGCUCAAGAAAACGUAGACAAAGAUUGGAAGGAAUGGACUGGUGGAUGCAAGUGAUGCAACAAGUAAUUUCAGAUAUAGUUGUAGUCAUGGAACUCUCGAGAUAGCUUUGUCAUCAUUAAAUCUUACUCCAUUUGAUAGCAAACAAGCAGACAUAUAGCUUUUGUAAACCGUAGUGCACUUGGUUACCUAGAUGAUCAGAACAUUUGUAGAGAUUGUUGAAUGAAUGUAGCAAUGUAGCAUCUCUAAAAUUGGAGCUUGUUUGUUA